CAGGUUGACCUUACCGGAGGAUAUUACGAUGCAGGAGACAAUGUGAAAUUCAACUUCCCAAUGGCCUUCUCGACCACCAUGCUAUCAUGGAGCACUCUCGAGUAUGGAAAGAAACUCGGUCCUCAACUUGCGGAAGCUAGAGCUGCGAUCAAAUGGGCGACGGACUACCUUAUAAAGUGCGCCACUGCCACUCCAGGUGUUCUUUACGUUGGAAUUGGUGAUCCAAAUGAGGAUCACAAGUGUUGGGAAAGACCGGAGGAUAUGGACACAAUCCGCAGUGUCUACUCUGUCUCGCAGAAAAAUCCCGGGUCGGAUGUUGCUGGAGAAACUGCAGCCGCGUUGGCUGCAGCUUCUUUGGUUUUUCGAUCGUCAAAUCCUAGCUAUUCGAAAUUGUUGUUGAGCACUGCAAAGAAGGUGAUGCAGUUUGCUAUUCAAUAUAGAGGAGCUUAUAGUGAUUCUCUUGGAUCAGCAGUUUGUCCAUUUUAUUGCUCUUAUUCUGGAUACAAGGACGAGUUGUUGUGGGGUGCGGCGUGGCUGUAUAGAGCAACCAACGACGGUUCUUACCUUAAUUUUAUCAAAUCAUUGGGAGCCGACGAUUCGGCAGAUAUUUUCAGUUGGGACAACAAAUUUGCGGGAGCUCGUGUUCUUCUCUCGAGGAGAACAUUGGUGGACAACGACAAAUCCUUCGAACCAUUCAUGCGACAAGCCGAAGACUUCAUGUGCAAAAUUGUAUCGAAUUCCACCACGACAUAUACUCGAGGAGGGUUGAUGUUCAAACUUCCUCAAGUCAACAUGCAAUAUGUGACAUCAAUAACCUUCUUACUUACAACCUAUAGCAAAUACAUGGCAACCACAAAACACACAUUCAACUGCGGUAACCAAAUUGUAACCUCCACGACACUCCGAGUAUUAGCAAAGAAACAGGUGGAUUACAUUCUAGGGGUGAAUCCAUUGAAGAUGUCAUACAUGGUAGGUUUUGGGCAAAAUUAUCCGAAAAGGAUUCACCACAGGGGAUCUUCUAUAACUUCAUUUGCAGUUCAUCCUCAAUCCUUUGGCUGCAAUCAAGGUUUUCAGCAAUUCUUUUACACAUCUAAUCCUAACCCCAACAUACUCACCGGAGCCAUUGUGGGUGGCCCAGAUCAAAGCGAUGGUUUUGCAGAUAAUCGGAAUGAUUACAGCCAAUCCGAGCCAGCUACUUACAUCAAUGCUGCUGCAGUUGGACCUUUGGCAUACUUUGCCGGUCUCUAUAGCAAUUAGAUUAUCUAAAGGGGCCUUAGAAUUUAGAACUAGAUAACCAGUGAGCAUAGUGUAAAUAUUCAAAUUUCCAAAGUUCUUUUAGGCCCCUAGACCCUUAUGUAA